AUGGCAGAAAUAUUACAACUAUAUCUUGUGAGUUUUAAUGAUUAUUACGUUAAAAAUCUGCAUAGUCAAAUUCGAAGAAGUACAAAUAUACAUGAUGACGCUGAAAAUUUUAAAAAAACUCAGAUUCUUAAAAAUACUUUUGAUAAAACAAAACAGUAUUUGUACACACUUUCAAUAUUAGAAUAUCUUAUUAAAAAAACAGCAGUAUUUCUUAUUCGUCAUUUUCAAAAAGUAUUUGUUAUACAAGGCCAAAGUUAUCUUAUUGAACAAAAACAUUAUCCUCUUUAUAAAUUGGCUGCCCUUGAUACAAUUGUUGAUGUUAAAUGUUUAUCUGCUGGAUUUAAUACAACACAUCCACCUUCACCUAACAAUUAUGAUUUUUGUAAUAAGCCUCUUAUUGCAAAUAAUUAUAUAUAUGAUGGCGAUGUAAGAUUACAAGAAAAGAAUGAUGAAAUAGAUAAUAUAGAGAAAAUAAAUGAAGAUGCAUUAAUAGAAAUAACUAUGAGAAAAGA